AUGGCAGACCAUGAUGACCCAUGUAAUGAGUUAGAGACCUACUGUAUGAAUGGAGGAACAUGCUUAAAAAUUCCUUUUAUGGACACUCUUACUUGUGUCUGCAGUGAGAACUACAAAUGCAGUCGGUGUGAGCUGUACCAGCUGUUGAUCACUGCACACGAUGCAGGUGAGACAGGACUGAUCGCUGCUGUGGUCAUCAUGGUCCUUCUUAUUCUAGUCGUGUUCACAGUAGUCGUCUACUACACCUGCAAGGUAUGGAAGGCCAAACCAAAGAACCAGCAGAAAAACAKUGAACAACAGUAUUGGAGAGUAGAGUCCAGAGAAUGAGGCAUGUUGCAUAUUAUUUGGAUAACAAAAGAUUUCAAAUAAACGAUUUCAUGGACGGUGGCAUGAUAUGGUUUGGGGUCUGGAUGCCACUAGAGAAGCGGCUACGAAGGACCAGGAGGACAGAGGAGACCUCCACCCACAAACAUUUUGCAUCAAGCAUCAAACCUCAAGCCUGUUUGAGUGGCCAUCAAAAGCUGAAGCUGCUGUAGACACACAGCCACCCACCUUUUCUCCAGUCUGUGUGACUGGGUGUAGGACUGAUUAUAACCUGUUACAAUGCAUUUCAUGCAGUGGCUAUUUUCCUCUGACACAGAAUGCAUGCUUAAAAAUGGAAGAGUGAUACCUGAUGCCUUCAUUAAAAGGAAUACAAUGUUUGCUUUGAUAGUGUGUUGAAGUUCAAUUGUGAAUGUGAGCUUUCUCUGAGCCUGGUAUACCGUAGAUUAGAGCACAGU